GUACCAACCAAAUCUUCUGUUAGCUCGUGCUUACCGAAACAGACAGACAGACAAAUUGCAAAGAAGAAGAAACUUCAACCGAAGAGUAGCUGAUUAGAGUAACUGUAGCGACGUUUUCCCUCAAGGGAUCUCUGAUGCGAGUUUUUUUAAUUAUUUUUCUUCCGUUGAGGCAUAAAGCUGAAACAAAACGAGACCUUUGUUGAGAUUUUAUUGUUCCUCUGGUUCAUAAAGUUCGUCUCUUUUCUCUCAAGCGGAUCUGGAUUCUGGAACCUGGGAACUGAAAACCCUUUUGUCUUUUUUGGAGCAAAAAAAUGGACCCGGAAAGUUGUUUGAGAUCGAUCAGUGUUUGUGAAAGUUCGAGUGGAUCUGUGCUUGUCAAGGGUGAAACCAGUGACUCUGUCUCAAAACAUGUGUUGGUUGAACAAAGCGAGACUAAACGGCAACAACGAGAUGAAAAUGAUUCAAGAAUGGGCAAAGAUGGUGUUGGAUGCUGUAACGUUGUUCAUGAGGUAGAGAAGGAUACUUCAACACGUGUCUCAGCUUCUGUUCUUAGAGAGAGUGAUGCUUCAGCAAAGGAAAAGGCGGAGGAGUUCCACGUGGUGGAUUUGAGUAGUUGUGGAGGAGAAAGUGAUAAUGGGCAAAGUAUAUGCAGGAUAUGUCAUGUUGGGUCUGAUCAAACACCUGAUAGAGUUUCUGGUAAGACGACAGUAGUAACCCUGGAGUUGAUUCAGAUUGGUUGCAAAUGCAAAAACGAGCUUGGCCUUGCCCAUUUUCACUGCGCAGAAGCUUGGUUCAAGCUAAGAGGAAACAGUGUAUGUGAAAUCUGCGGCUGCACAGCGAAGAAUGUUACAGUUAGCUUGACAGAGGAGGAGUGGAGCGAAGUAUUAGUAGACACAAGAGUUGAUGAGAGAAGAAGACGUGGAAGUAGACAAUCUUGCUGCAUCCUUAUUGUUUUUAUGCUAACUAUCAUUCUGCUUCAUUGGCUAUUCAAAAAGUUUAGCACAAAAACCAAAUGAAUGAAUUUAGUUUUGUAAGUAUAUAUCUGUCUGGUAAUAUUAUCAUAAACGUUUUAAUC